UCUCGGCGGGGGUCGGAUAAAACCUGUUGGCCACAGCUCGCUGCUUCUCUCAUCUCCUGCACUUUACACUUGCAUCUGGACACAGCAGGUAAGGAUGAUGGAGCUUCAAAUAGAGAAGAGGUUCCACAACUUGACCCUUGAGCAAAUCCAAGCUCUGGACAAGGUCUUGACCGAGGUCAUCCCCAUCCACGGACGAGGAAAUUUCCCCACCCUGCAGGUGAGAGCGAAAGACAUUAUCCGCGUGGUGAAGGAUCGGCUGGUCGAGAGAGACAUCCAGGUGAAAGACAUACGGCUCAAUGGUGCUACCGCCAGCCACAUCCUGGUGAAGAAUAACGGCCUGGGCUACAGGGACCUGGACAUCAUUUUCGGAGUAGAGCUGCCCAGGCAGGAGGACUUCCAGGUAAUUAAGGAUGUGGUGCUGGGCAGCCUGCGAGACCUCCUCCCCUACGGUGUUAACAGACGGAAAAUCACUUGCCUGACAAUGAAGGAAGCCUAUGUGCAAAAAAUGGUGAAGGUUUUCAAUGAGCAUGACAGAUGGAGCCUCAUCUCACUGUCGAAUAACAGAGCUAAAACCGUGGGGCUCAGGUUCGUUAGUUCCCUGCGAAGACAGUUUGAGUUUAGCGUGGACUCGUUCCAGAUAAUAUUGGACCGCAUCCUUGAGUCCUACUGGGAGACUGACAGGAGGCAGGCAGGGCAGUUGCCAAUGAAACCUGGGAAUUUGGCUAAAUCACACAAUGAGGAGGAAAAGAAAAAGAAGGAGAAGGCAGGCGCUCUUCCAGAUGCUGAGGGGGAUAUUGAAAAAAACUCAGCGAUGGCAGCCGGUGAGGAAAGUCAGUGUCUUGAAGGAGUAGUUUCUGUGCAUGAGAACGAGCUUCCACAGGCUAAUAUUGAGCGUGAUGGUGGGAAGCAUGAGGCCCAGCAGGUGUUAGCGGCAGAGAGCAGUAACUUACAGCAGGGGGAAGAGGAAGUAGAUGGCAUUGAGGAUGUUGUUUCAGAGGAGGACAUUGUUUUUGAACUGUGUGAGGAAACUGGAGAAGAGAAAGAACAGUUUCACAGUGAUUUUCCUUUAGCUUCAACAUCUACAACUUUAUUUACAGACGUCAGGGAUCCACAGAUGACACACUCCUCUUUAAAGCUACAGGACAAUGAAGAGCUGUGUGAGUCACAAGCUUCCCAACCAGUGUCUAUUAAGCAUAUAGCAAAGUCGAGUCCACAAGAAGUGGUCCAUUGUGAAGAAAGUGCUAAUUUCAAAGUAGACUCUGAAAUGUGCAAAACUGAAAAGACCCCAGACCCACAAGACUCCCAGCUUGAGUUCUCCUUCCCUCCUCCUGCUAAGAAAACCUGCAGCACAUCACAGGACGUAGUACCAGACUUUUGCCCCCUGCCCAAAUUACAAAGAAAAAUGUCUCGGAAGUUGAUCAGUAAACCUGAGAAAUGGUCUCUUCUCACAGAUCUGUCAGAUCUUACAACACAGCUGUUUCCACCCAUAGAAAUCCCCAAACCCCUUCAGCCGAAGCCUUCGUCACUGGACACCGCUCAAGUUCAACGCUCAAUUGAACCGGGCGCCCAGUCGGAGAACUUUGAUGGUAAAGAUGCUCUCACAGUUCCCACGUACAGGGCGGCCAGUACGCCUCAAGGGGCCACUGGCUCCAAUGAAACCACAGAACAAACUGUUAAACCAAAACGCUCGAAGAAGCCUCCUGAUUCAGAGACUCAGAGACACACGCAUGCAGCAAACAUCGCCACGCCGCCUCAGGUCAUCGAGCAGAAACCUGAAAUGAAGGAUACAGUCCUGAACAGGUGUGGGUCAAGCUCAUGGACCGGGGCAGCGGGGCGGCCCACCAUAACCAUUGAAGCCGAGUGCAUGUACGGAGACUUUGAGCAGGCGAUGGGACACCUUCACCAACGUCUCAUCGCCACCCACAACCCAGAGGAGAUCCGAGGGGGGGGCCUGCUGAAAUACAGCGACCUGCUGGUGAGGAACUUCAGGCCGGCCAGCGAGACCGAGAUCAAGUCGUUGGAGCGGUACAUGUGCUCCCGCUUCUUCAUCGACUUUCCUGACGUGAGCGAGCAGCAGCGCAAGAUCGAGGCCUACCUGCAGUGCCAUUUCAUGGGCAGCGAGGAGACGAGCAAGUAUGACUACCUGAUGACCCUGCGACGCGUGAUAGACGAGAGCACGGUGUGUCUGAUGGGACACGAGAGGAGGCAGACGCUCAAUAUGAUCACGGUGCUGGCCCUGAGGGUCCUGGGCGAGCAGAACGCCAUCCCCAACACGACCAACGUCACCUGCUUCUAUCAGCCGGCCCCGUACAUGACGGAGCCCAUUUACAACAGCUACUUCAUCACCCAGGCCCAGCCACCGCUCGUCUACCACCCCUACCCUCUCCACGUGCACAUGCAGAGUGGCCUGGUGUAGCUACAGUGGCGUGCCCACAGGGAGUCGUGUCAGCUUUCAGCAUGGUGCUCUGCACACAGAGGCACACGUGGAAGUUUUAGCAGCCACAAGCAACCACGGGCGUAGUGUUGUUUCAUUCUUUGAAUUCCCUCCGCUCCUGACGGGUCGGAACUGAACAGGCUCUGGAGGCAACGCAUGUCAUCCUUUGAUGACGAAGACUUUUGAAAAGGAAAGAAACGCAAGGGUCGAAUUUUACUCGAGCUCGUAGAAAGGACUUGAUCGAAGUGGAGGGACUUUGAUUGAGGCUGUUUCAGCUCAGUUUUGGUCGGGCCAUGCACUGGUCACACUGCCCUGAUGAAGAGAACGUUGCCAUGUUAUCCUUCUUCACCGCAACAAGAUAAACGAAUAAUAACACAUAAUCUCUGAAUCAUCUGGUGGCAACAAAAAACGUAGUUUGGACGUAGAUUGAAUAAGUGAUAAAUCGUUUCCAGGGUGUUCAACCCUCAUGUAGCUGUUUCGUGAAAUGCCAUCCUCUGUAGAUUAAAAAUCAGCAUGUGUGUAUUCACUGUAUAGAAAUAGGACACCAGGCAUACAUGAGCAAAAUUUGCCGUGGUAUUUCCAUGAAGUACUGUAUUUGUGAAUGUAAAUAGCAAAUUUCUAAGGCAGAAAGAACAGAACCCAGAUUCAGUCAAAUUAUGGACAAUGCUAAAUAUUUGGGGAUUUUAAAGCACGGUGAACCUUGAAUCGAUCUAUUAAAAAAAAAUUAAUUCUGUAAGUAUUUCUGUAAACAUUGAACAUUUGUUGCAAAAUACGCAACACUAAGUGUAAACGUUUAUAAAAUCUGCUUUAUUUAUUAUUUAUAUAUUUUCCUUACAUUAAACAACUCUAAACAGAUGUUGAUGGAAUCCUGAUUGGUUCACAUAAAUAGGUGGCUUCACAUUUUUCCAACACCAUACUGCCCGCUCCAGUGAGAAAACAAACCUUAAGUGUUUUCUCUAAAUGUUAAAAAAGUAUUUAAAUGAUGAAUAUGUAACUUCAACCUAUAAAAGAAGAAAAAAUGUCUGUAGUAGCCCCCUAGUAUCAGUCAAAAGAUAAACACUUUCUAGCGUUGAGUGAAUACGGUCAGUCUCCUUCAGAAACCACAUUUUAAUAUAGUACAUGCAGAUUUUUAUUGGGAUCUGCACCAAACCACACACACCUAUAGAUCAGUUCUCUCAACAUGACUGAUUUUCUUCAUAAUGAACCAUGAUUUUUUUCUUUUGGAAAUCAAGGAAAAUUUAGAAAAUUCUGUUUUGCAAUAUUAAAGACAUAAAAGAAAAUACUGGAUCUGAACCCCUGAUCUGGAUUCACUCCAAAAUUCAAUGGGUUCUUCCUUCAGUGAUGUUCCACCCCUCGACACAAUCUCAUGGAAUUUGGUUCAGUAGUUUAUGUGUAAUCCUGCUAACUAACAGACAAACAGACAAACAAAAACACCAUAGUGGAUUUAAUAACAACACACGUUUUCUGACCCUUCUCCCCUCCUGAUAAUUCUCAUAAAGCCUCAUGGGAAUAUUUAAGCAAACUCAUCGUGUUGUGAUCCCACUCAGUGACAGAUGUAAUGGUUUGAGGUUGUGUUUUACUUGUACUUGCAAUUGAAUCGUCUAAUGUAGUGCUCUGAGUUAUGAACUUGGAAUUGUGGCUGUAUCUCUGAAUCCAUCCUGCAUUUUGUCAAAUAGUUUCUCAUAUUCCUCAUGAGAGAAACAUCACAGGGAUUUGCCUGCUGGGGGCUUAUUAAAAAAAGACUUGUUUUUAAAACCGAAUGUUUACAAAUUAAGAUUGAAUAGCUUAAAAUGCAAAGAGCAUUUUUGUUCCCCCUCAAAGAUCCCAAUCCCAUCUUUAACAGUUUGUGCGUGUGUGUGUGUGUGUGUUGCCACUGUUGUGCGCUGCUAUGGCACAUUUCAACCCUUGCACUUCUUGUCCCUGUAUGUCUGUUUAUUGUGUUGGCAUAAACAGAGGUUUGGACUAAGUCAUGUGUAACUAAAUGCAGAUACGUAUUGUGGAGUAAAUACAGUGUUUCAAACGUGCUUGUGAAUCUCUUAUGAAGUAUUGAAGACAUCUAGAAUAAUGUUUGCAGUUGUGCCCUGUGUAGAUUCUAAGUGACGUAUCUAUCUUGAGACUGUGGGUGUGUUGUAUGUGUAUCUUUAAGGAACCGUUUCACCAGUGGAGAAUGUCAAAAAUAUUCCUGUUCUAAUAUUUCGUUGCU